AGUGACACCUGGCUUUUAGACUUAUCCAACGGCCUCCAUUCUGCCAGGUGGCAUCAACUACCACACAUUUGUCCAUCACCUCCAGCUCGAUCAGGCCACUCGUUAACGUGGAUCAGCGGAACAUUGAUGGUCUUAUUCGGUGGAAGAGGUUCAGGCUAUGAAGUUCUCAACGACUUGUGGGUGUUCGAUUUAGGAGGAGAUAAGCCCAAAUGGACAGAGCUUAAAUAUGACAUUUCGUCAGAUAUUACAGAAAUGCCCCGACCUCGUGUUGGUCAUUCUGCGAGUCUAAUCCUUGGAGGCAAAAUCCUCAUUUACGGUGGUGAGGAUUCACAGAGACAAAGAAAAGAUGAUUUCUGGUUGUUGGAUGUUAAUAAUCUGUUAAGAGUUCAGUCGACUAGUUGGAAGAAGGCCUCAGCCAAAGAGAUUUGGAAGAAGUUGAGGGUUGAAGAUUGGAACCCGGGUUAUCGGUCCUUUCAUGGUGCAUGCACAGAUAAGUCAGGGCUUUGUAUCUAUAUAUUUGGAGGAAUGGUGGAUGGAAUGCUUCAGCCUCGGGAGGCUUAUGGGUUGAGGUUUGAUGGGGAGUUGUUUAUCGUGGAACUUGUGAUUCCAAUGUAACGUAGAUGAGAGAGGAUAUUGUCAAGUGUAAUAGGCUGGUAGUGUAUUUGGUGAUUCGAAUGCGAUAUAUGUUUCUGUAUAUUUUUGGAUGUAUCAUCAAAUUAGAAACAUGUAUGUUUUAAUGAAGAAAGUUUCCAAAUGAAGAGCUGGUCUUGUUUGGCUCAGCUUGAGUUUGUAAAGGCUAUGUAACCCGCUUUCAAUAUUGAGAUCAAAAUCCUUUCUGUUUC